UAAAUGAAAAGCAUUAAAUAAAAAUUCGAAUUCAACUAUUGCGAUUUCCAAGAAAAUGGCAACAGAGCGUAAUUUCUUUCCAUCUGGAUAAUAUGGCUCUUAGAAGUUCAUUACAAGCGCCUGAGUUUAAUCAUAAGGCUCUUGUACAGCAAUGGCAUUCAAGUUACCAGACAGGUGAUUUUCUAUCUACACUGAAGCAGCACUGGAGAGAAUAUGUGUUAGUGGCAUUCCAGGCAUCUGACGAUCAAACAAGGUCAGAAAGAUUGACCAUUAAAUACCUUUUGAGCCCUCUUGAACACUUUCUAUGUAACGGAGAACCUGAGGCUGUGUUUCAACAGUUGAAGGAGAAAGAUCAGCCAUCUCAGCUUUGUGGUCAUGUUUUUAAAAAUGGAGAGCCCACAUACUCAUGCAGAGAGUGUGCCACAGAUCCAACCUGUGUAUUAUGUAUGGAGUGUUUUCAAACAUCUGUACAUAAACAGCAUAGAUACAGGAUGAGCACAUCAGGAGGGGGCGGGUACUGUGACUGUGGUGAUGCGGAGGCCUGGAAAGUGGGCGUGUUCUGUGGUAAACAUCAACCUCAGUCAGAUGAAAUGGAAGAGAGUAAGAACCCUAUGGAGCUGAUACCAGAUGAUUUAAUAGAUAGAGCAUCUGUGCUAUUUUUGGCCACCCUACGUUACACAGUGGAGAUGUUGACAUGGGAUCAUAGUGACCGUCUCCCAGAUAACCUUCAGCCAGAUGGAGAACUUACUGAUAACUAUGUAUGCAUGCUGUUCAAUGAUGAAGUCCACACUUAUGAACAGGUAAUCAACACAUUACAGAGGGCAGUGAGCUGUACUCAUAAAGAAGCUGUCGAUUUCGCUACCACAGUUGAUAAAGAGGGAAGGAGUACUGUAACUACUGGUUCUUUUUCGGACUGUGAAAAGGCUAGGAAUCUCAUCGAGAAAGACAGCUCCGAACCUCUUAGGAGAUACACAUCUCGUCAUGGCGCAAAGGCGCUGAAGGUUCAGGUGAUGCAUACAGCAGUGGUUGCCCAUCAGCAGUUUGCUCUACGUAUGAUUCAGUGGCUACAGAAUAUCAUAGUUCAGUCAGAUGGACUGCGUCACCUGUUUUGUCAACUCAGUAUGCAACAGCAAGAAAAUGAACAGUCAUUGAUGGAAAUAUUACUUCUAGCUGAUACACAGCUCUGGAAAACUGCAAGAGUUCAAAGUCACCAGCUUAUGAUGGCAGGGGUUCUUAUGGAUCAGGAAUGUAAAAAGAAAUUUUCGAUAAUUUUUACACGGUGCUAUAACUCGCUUAUGAAGGAGUUUAUACAAGAAGAUCAAUUUAGGACAGUCUCUGUCACCAAAUUGUCCGUGCAAAUUUUCACAGUACUCACGUUGGCUCGACUUUUGGUUGCUGAACAUAAUCUCCUGGCUGUGAUAAUUAAAACAUUCUUACAAGCUUGUGAAGAGAAGAAAAAUAAGGAUGGUAAAUUAACAUUUGAGCGUACUGGAACACAGACGUUUAAACGAGCCUGUUUCUCUCUACAUGAUCUCAAAUAUGCAUUGAUAUGCAAACCAGGGUCAGGAGAAUGGACAGAUGAGUUAAGAAAUAGUUUUAUAGAAGGUUUAACAUGCUUUCUAGAUCUUCUUAAAUUAAUAGAGGAUAUGGAUCAGGUGAAGAGACAGACAGGGCAACAUUUAGAGUUUGAACCAGAGUGGGAAGGUGCAUUCAAUUUACAGCUGAAAUUAGAAGAUAAUAUAGUAUUGUUUCUAGAUUGGUGCAGUACUGAUAGACAAGUAUUAAUUGAAGCAUAUAACAGAACUAUAGAAGCAUUCAGGUGUUGUAAAGAUAUAGAUAAAAUUAAAACUACUAAAAUUGAAGUGGAUGAAUGGAGUGCAAAGUGUAUAAAAUACGAUGUUGGUAGUCAACCUAUCUCUAUACAUCUACCUGUAACCAGGUUUCUAGCUGGUUUGCAUUCAUUACUAGGUCAACAUGAGUUGUAUUUUGAGUCACCAGACUGUUCUCUUGUUAGACCUGACCCAGCAGAGUUAAUAGAAUUUCCACUUCGAGUACAAGUGAUGGUAGCACAGUCAAAUGCUAACAUGUGGAGGAGGAAUGGUUAUGCUCUAAUAAACCAGAUAUUUUUCUACCACAAUGUAAAGUGCAGAACAGAGAUGUACGACAGAGAUAUCUUAAUGCUACAGAUUGGCGCUUCAAUGGCAGAUGGCAAUGAGUUCUUGAUACAUUUAUUGUACAAGUUUGGUCUUCCCAUCUGGGCAAAAGAGAGUUAUGAUACACCAAGUGGACAAGAUAACUCACUACGACAAACAGUGUUACUAGCAGAGGAGUUUCUUAACCUGGUUGUUAUCAUUCU